AUGGGUGGCUCUGGAAACUGGAUAAAAUCUCUGAUCUCUAACAAAAAACUCAUCACUGAUGAUCAUGAGAAGUUAAGUGGUAAGAAGAAAUGGAAACUAUGGAGAACUUCAUCGGAAAGCUUAAUAUCUUCCUCAAAGGGUUUCAAGAGCCGUGGUGGUAGUUAUGGGACUCCUUCACUAGGCUCAGAUCCGCCGUCUUUCUCCGCCGACGACUCUUUCACUGCUGCUGUUGCUGCUGUUAUCAGAGCUCCACCGAAAGAUUUCUUUGUCGUUAAACGAGAAUGGGCCGCAACACGAAUCCAAGCCGCUUUUCGAGCUUUCCUGGCAAGACAGGCGUUGAGAGCUUUGAAGGCGGUGGUGAGGAUUCAGGCGAUAUUCCGCGGUAGGCAAGUCCGGAAACAAGCAGAUGUGACACUAAGGUGUAUGCAAGCUCUUGUUCGAGUCCAAGCUCGAGUACGAGCUCAUUGUAAUAACAGGGUGCCUGCAGAUGGACAGGAGUUACAGAAACCAUCUGAACAAAAAGAUGAUCCUGCAAAGCAAGCUGAGAAGGGUUGGUGUGAUAGUCCGGGAAGUGUAAAUGAAGUGAGAACGAAGUUACAAAUGAGGCAAGAAGGAGCAAUUAAGAGGGAGAGAGCUAUGGUAUAUGCACUCACACACCAGCCGAGGACGUGUCCAAGUCCAAGUGCCAAGGCGAACAAACAAGGGAGUGUUAAGAAGAAUAACGGGUCGUGUAAGAGCAGCAGUCCAGGUUGGAAUUGGCUUGACCGAUGGGUUGCAGACAGGCCAUCGCAAGGUCCUACAAACUCAUCAGAAAAUGCAAGGAAGAGUGAGAGCAGUUUGUCUGAACAUGACGCGGUUCAGGUCAGGAAGAACAGUCUCACAACCAGAGUUCUGGCAAGACCUCCUCACGCGGUGUCAUCAUCUGCUACGAGUUCUGAGUCUUCGUCGACAUCUCAAUCCCCAGUUCCCUUCUCAGGAAGUUUCCUUGAGGAAGGAGGGUACUACAGAAAGCCAAGCUACAUGAGCCUGACACAAUCUAUCAAAGCUAAGCAGAGACGAUCAGGGUCUUCCUCAUCUUGUUCCAAGACACCGUUUGAGAAGAAACAGUCGAUGUCUUACGACGGAGAUGUAAAUUUAAGGCGUAGUGCUGGUUCAGAUCCACUGCGCAACCAGUGGACUGAUCUAUACCCACCGGCUCAAGUGAAAGGGAGACAUAUGUGGGCAAAGAGCCAGAGAGGCUAA